GUCGACACCAGCUUCACGUGUGUAGGUGUCGAUUUGGUGCUCCAGGUCGACGGCGCGGUUUGCGCGCGCCCAUUUACCAAGGCGGUUGGGGCGGGCACGGGGCGCAUGCCGUUUUACAGCCACAUUCCCAUGUCUAUGAAACGAGGGUUCGUACUCGGAGCGGUGGCCAGGGUGCGGGACUACACCCGCCCGGUUGGCUCAAUGGCGGAGGUCUUGGAUUCGCUCACGCGGCACCUGCACGGGGCCGCGAACCACCCAACGGAACUGUUGGAGCAGUGGGUCUCUGAGGGGCUGACCAGGGCUUCGCGCGUGUAG